AUGGAUGGCAAGAUUGUGCAAGUUAUUUAUCAAGAUCGAUUUGCGAUCAUUAAAAUGAACGCUGGUGAAAAUCGAUUUAAUUUAUCUUUUACCCAAGCGAUGAAUCGUGCAUUAGAUGAAAUUGAAGCACGAUCUGAUAUUCAAGCUGUCAUUACAACAUCGACUGGAAAAUUUUUUAGCAAUGGCUUAGAUUUGGAUUGGUUAAACAAGCAAAGUGAGUCGACACGGCAAAAAUCCCUGUAUGAGAGUGGUGUCUUGAUUGGUAGAAUAUUAACUUUUCCUAUACCGACAGUAGCAGCAAUCAAUGGGCAUGCCUUUGCUGCUGGAGCCAUCUUGGCUUUAGCACACGAUUAUAGAGUGAUGAGAACAAACCAUGGAUGGUGGUCGUUAAAUGAAGUCUUUAUUAAUCGUCGUUUUGCUCCUGGAUGGCUACAGGUUCUUAAGGAUAAGCUUUCACAUGAUGGUGUUUUACGCCAAGCUAUGCUAUUCGGUAAACGAUUUACAGCUGAAGAAGCUGUAAAAGAUAAUAUUAUCGAUGAAUGUGUUGCACAUGAAAUUUUAAUGCAAUCUGCUAAAAAGUUAAUUCAUCAAUUGGGCGAGAACAAGCAAUACCCUAGGGCUACUUUGGGCUUGUUUAAGCGUGAUUUAUAUGCCAAGGCCUAUAAUUUACUAAAUGAAUCACCAAAAUCCAAGUUAUAA